CCUAAAUAUCAUCAUCGUUCUGGGCUUGACGUGCUCGCUGAGACUGAUGUCCAUGGCCCGGGUGAUGUGACAACCGAGAAGCGUUCUGAUGAGGCCACUCGGGCUGUACAUGGAAACCUUGUCCUACCUGCCUUGACUGUUGCGACUGUUGCGGUUGCUGAAGACUGGUUUGAUUUUGACCCCACUUUAGUUCAGUGGGUACAUUCGGGUCUUGUGGUAAUUGCUGGAAUUGCUCUGAUUGCCCCGAUCGCCCCGAUCGCCUGGAUUGUUGUGAUUGUUGUGGCUGUUGUGGCUGUUGUGGUUGUUGCGAUUGUUGCGGUUGUUGCGGUUGAAAAGUCUGCAAUCCUUGUUGAUGGUUCUGUCUGCCCGCAAUCCCAGCCCGUAAUCUGCGAUAAUUGUUUCGUUGGUUCUCAUUUCCUGAGGCGUAGGGAUCAUCAGCGUGACCUAACAGAGGGCGUGCUCCGUUAUCAGGCAUCCAUGAAGCACCAGCAGUACAAGAAUCGCUGGAGGCAAGUGCACGUAAGUACGCGAUAUGAUUUCGACGACUCUCCUUGUCCAUCUGCGCGAAAGCACGACUUGAAGCUAUGUCUUGUCUUAAGAUGUAUUGUGAUCGACUUUCAUGACGUCGUUGGGGCAU